UUCUCGGAGAGGAAACGUUGUGCAUUAGCCGCCUGUGCAUAUGUGACACUCGGAACAAUUAUAGAGCCAUUGUGCGUUGGCACUCCAUCGUAUAAGAUGGCUCUCCUGGCAAUAUCGAGCACCGCACACCUAAAUCACGUUGGAAGGAUCGAGACGAGUUUCCCGCCAACUUGCCCGCAUCUGUUUACGCGGUCAACGUUCUCCGUGCGCCGGAGGGGAACUGGAACGUACGGCAGAGCUCGCCUUCGCCUGUUCCCGCAGACACACUUCCGCGUAGCGAAGCCACUUCGAUUAGCAAGGCGGGGAAGGUCCUGGCUCCCGCCCCUAGUCACGUACCGACAUGGGCGGUAUCACUCAAUUAUGACAAAGGAUGAAUAUAAUAACAGAAGAGAUGGACUUAAAAAUCCUACAGGAAAUAGUGAAGAAAGCAUCAAUACAAUUUCUCCAUGUGCAGUUCCCACAGAAACUACUUUCCUGUCUCCAGCUCCUAAGCAAACAUACUUUGCUGAUCAAAAAAUAAUCAUUCCAGAGACUGAAACGACAGGCUUUAGUUUCCGGAAAUUAUGGGCUUUCACCGGGCCUGGUUUCUUGAUGAGUAUAGCUUAUUUAGAUCCAGGAAAUAUUGAAUCGGAUUUACAAUCUGGAGCUGCCGCACAAUAUAAGCUUCUUUGGGUUCUGUUAUCUGCCACAGUCUUGGGACUGGUGAUGCAGAGGUUGUCUGCUCGAUUAGGGGUGGUAACAGGGCUUCAUUUAGCGGAAAUGUGCUACAGACAAUAUCGUCGUGUUCCAAGACUUAUAUUAUGGAUAAUGAUAGAAAUUGCAAUUAUUGGGUCUGAUAUGCAAGAAGUAAUUGGAACUGCAAUUGCUUUAUAUCUUCUGUCUAAUAAAUUAAUUCCACUUUGGGCUGGUGUUUUAAUUACUGUUAUUGACACGUUCACAUUUCUUCUCCUGGAUAAAUAUGGACUACGUAAACUUGAGCUUUUCUUUGCUUUCCUAAUUGGUGUUAUGGCUGUUACAUUUGGAUACGAGUAUGGAGUUGCUGCUCCUGACCAAGGCCAAGUGAUGAAAGGAAUGUUCUUCCCAUGGUGUGAAAACUGUGACAACUCUGUUCUUCUGAAGGCUGUUGGCAUUAUUGGUGCGGUUAUUAUGCCUCAUAAUUUGUACCUCCAUUCUGCAUUAGUGAAGUCUCGUGAAGUUGAUAGAAGAAAACCAGAACGUGUACGUGAAGCAAAUCUAUAUUUUUUCAUUGAGGCUUGUGGUGCUUUAUUUAUUAGCUUUAUUAUCAAUGUCUUUGUGGUAUCAGUAUUUGCAAAAGGACUGUAUAAUCAAACCAAUGAAAAUGUACUUAACGAGUGCAUUGCAAGAAAUAUUUCACAUGGAGAUGUUUUUCCAAACAACACGAAUAUAGUGGAUGCUGACAUUUAUAAGGGUGGUGUUUUCUUGGGAUGUCACUUUGGAAUUGCAACAAUGUAUAUUUGGGCAAUAGGAAUACUUGCAGCAGGACAGUCGAGUACAAUGACUGGCACAUACGCUGGACAAUUUGCAAUGGAGGGCUUUCUGAAUCUUCAGUGGUCUCGCUGGAAACGUGUUAUAUUCACAAGGACCAUUGCCAUUGUUCCUACUUUUUGUGUUGCAUUUUUUGCUCAUAUUAAUGAUCUGUCAGACAUGAAUGACAUUCUCAAUGCAGUCAUGAGUCUUCAGUUGCCUUUUGCAACAAUUCCAACUAUUGCAUUUACAAGUAACUAUCUAAUAAUGGGUGAAUUUAAAAAUGGAAAGACAAAUAUAGCAGUUUCUACUGCACUUUCUGCUGUAGUUAUUGGAAUAAAUAUUUAUUUCGUCAUAUCAACAGCACUUAGAGAUAUUGAAAGAGUAAUAUGGUUGGUUUUAAUUGGAAUCUUCGCAGUUGCUUAUUUAAUAAUGUGUUUAUAUCUUGUUGUACACAUGAUUGUGAGCAUCGGGGGAGCACGCUUCAGUAAUCAUCCUUUAAUAUCAAAAUAUAUUGAUGGUCCUGUUCCUACUGACUUUGGUUUGAGUAAUAAGUCAUUAUCAAGAAGUGUCUCCACAUUCACAGUGCAAGAGGAUCAAUCAUCUGUAGUGCACAAUCGAAACACAACUUCAUUUUCAACAUUUGAUAAAUUCUAGUGUUAAUGGUAGAGAUUAGUUUGUACUAAUAUCUUGCCAUGCAUGCUUCAAUGGAAGUACAAACAUAUACUUGCAGUAUUGUGUUGUAAUGAAAUUGUUUCUACUUGUUCUAAAAUUCACUUUGUGGUUUUAGACAUUUUAUAUUAAGAGUUCCUUAAAAUGUCUCUCUGAGAUUAACUUUAUAAGAUAGUGUUUAUUAAAAGGUUUCAUUGCUUGCAUAAACAUGUUUUGGUACAUCAGUUCUGAUUUUGUUACAGAAGACAAACGGUAACUUAUUAAUGUUCUAGAGUCAACAAUUAUUUAUUUCAUCAUCAAUCUUAUUUAAACUUAUUUCCAGAAAAUAGGGAAGUAAUUUUGACUUGGGUAUCAAAGCUAUAAGAAAAUUUCAAAAGAAAUGUUCUUUUAAAAUUUUUAUUUCAAACAAAUGCAAAAUAUGGCUUUUAAAUGUAUUUAUGAAAUUUAAAAUAAGAAGUGUAGCCUAUACCAAUUUACUGAUUUUUUUCUUUUCUAGACAAGCAAUGAAUACAUGAACUUAUAAUGUCAGAUGUGUCUCCAAAAGCCUUGUCCACUUAUUUAUAAUCAGAAAACCAUUGAUCAGUGUAAGUUCAGUCUAUGAGUCAUUAAAAGUAAAUGGGAAAUAUUUAAUUCAUUUAAUGAAAUGGAGAAUUCAACUUUACAAUAAUGCUAAUUGUAUUUAAUUUUCCUGUAGUUGUAUAUGUACACUAAAUGAAUUCUUAAGGCUUAUCUUACAUUGACUCAAAAAAAAGUAACACACGGAGAAAAUAAGUACAAAAUUACUAAUGCAUUUCUUGGUAACUUAUUGUAGAGAAGCAUGAGCAUGCUGGUGGUCUAAAAAUCUGUUUGGUACUUUUUUAAAUGAAACUUUCUUGAUUACUGUCAUUGAGGCAUCCAUGUAAUGACUUCUUAUAAUGGUUAUAAACUAGUGCUAAGAUCUUGACAUUAACCAUAUUUACCUGCAUAUAAAACCACCCUCUUAUUUUGAAGAGGCCUCCUAAUCAAAUUAAAAUCAUAAAUUGUGUUAAUUGGCUAGAAAAUUGCCGUUUUGAAAAUAUUACAAUAGUUUGCCUCAUUAUUUUCUUGUCAUCAUUGUAUAUCAUUAUUUUCUUGUUCCUUAAAAUAUCAUCACGGUUUUUGUCAAUACCGUUUUACAAUAUCAUCGUUACAUAUAUCAUUCUUUCUUUCUGGUCCUCCUCCCAUGUUAUUAGGUCUCUCUCUUGACGUUUUAGCUCACCCUCAUGAAAGCUUUGCACUUUGUCUAUACGUUCUUAGCCUUUCAUCUGACUCCACCUCAGAGCAUUUUCUUUUGUGUUGCCAGAUUUUCUUCCACAUGUCCUACGUUACAAACAUCCUACUUUACUCUAAUUAAUAAAUAAUUCGUACACUACAUUUUUUAUUGAAAUUGUAAGGCAUUAUGCAUUACAGUGUUGCAACAAUUAUUGAAGGGCUUUUAACAUUGCAUGAGGUUUUGCUUCUUUCAUAUUUUUCAAGCUCAGGGCUUCUGAGCCAUACAGAUUCAUGCAAUUUGAAGUUAAAAAUUAACAGCAAGAAAACAGAAAAGAUAUUUGUUAUUUAAAUAUACAUAAAAUGACCCCUGAUACAAUGUUUACAAUUUUUGCUUUUUUUUUCUCUAAAUCUGUGUAAAAAUAUUGUGAGUAUUAUUGUUACGUACAUUUUGAAAAAAUUCUGAAAUAAUUCAAAAUAUGUAUUCACAAUGAUUGGCAAUUUUGCAAUAUUUUUUUAAAAAAAUGAAGAAUUUAAUGUUCUGUACAUGUGGGUAUUCAUAUUCCAAAUCCCAUGAUUUUGAAUGAUUGACAGUCGUGGAAAUAUUGAAAAAGCUUUCAUGAUACAACUACUGUAAUUGAACAAGAAAGGGUAAUAAUUCUUAUUCAUCUGAGUGGUAAGUUCAAAAGAGCCAUCAUCUGGUAAUUUACCAGAAUUCAUGAUACUUUAAAAAUAUAUUCUUUUAAAAUUUUCUAAAGGAAAAUACAUGAGAUAUAUUUGUAAAACGUGUAUGGAUCAUUAUGUAAAAAUAUUGUGUACAUAGUAAUAUAGUGUAAAAUAUGGAUGAGUUUCAUACAUUAUUUUAUGAAUUUGUGCGUUUAGAAAUCAUAAAUCAGUACAUUUUAUAAGUACUUAUUGAGCAACUGUGAUAAGAAUAAUUAAUUUUGAGACCAUAUUUGUUGAUUUGUUGGUCAUUGAAAGUAAUAUUUAUAGUGAAUGGUUGAAGUAAAAAAAAACUAAUUUCAAGAGUAAAACAAUGAAGUGUCUCAAAGAGAAAAGUGUAUACAAGUGUUUCAGAUACCAUUUUAAAUAUCAUGUACUACAUUUGUCUUAUUAGAUGACUGAUAAAAACAACAUUAGUUCCCGAUAAGGAACUAAUUAUUUAGUUUCUGUUAAUAGAUCAUUAAUAAUUAAUGGUCUAUUUAAAUUCUUAAUUGGAAAAACUGUUUAUGCCCUUUAUUUUUAAGAAAAACUUUGUACCAGUGUUUCUUUUUGAAAAUUUCUUAGGAUAACUAUUUUCUGAGAGUUUUUACCUGGAAACAACAGACUAGAAACGUGAUUUCCUUUAAGUAGAUAAAUAGACCAUUUGUUUUCAUGAUAAUUAUUUAAGACACAAUGAGUUUUGUCAUGUGGUAGUUGAUUAUUGUGUAUACUUGUGAAUUUAAAAUGCAGGCACACCUGUUCAAGGGAAAGAAUUCCUUAAUAGAUCUGCUUAUAAUUUGUUGUUGUUAUGUUUGUUUUUAAAAUAAAAUAUUGGAAAAGAA